AUGGGCGAGCCGCGAUUGCUUCCUAGUCUCAGAGGCAUUGCGACGAAAGGGCCUCAAUGGGAUCCCCGGGUUUCUUUCACUGCUGCCGGGCUGGCGGUUUUUUUCUCCUCCUGCCCGCGGCUCGAGUCUCUGCAGCUGCACUGCCCGCCUAAUCUGACCCGCCUCCCUCCGUCAAUCUGCGAGUUACAUCACUUGACGGCGCUGGUGAUCACUGGGUAUGGACUGAGGCGCCUUCCUGACGGUUUCUGUCAGCUCUCCGCUCUCGUCCUCACCUCCCUCCCGCUCCCACACAACCCCCCUACUCCCCCACCUCGUCUCUCCACACUCUCCUCCCUCCGCCACCUUUCCCUGACCCGCCAUUUCCUCCGCUCCCUCCCCGCAACCCUCCCCGCCGCGCUCCCCCUUCUCGAGUCCCUCGAGCUCCGCGAGUCCUAUUAUAUUUCCGCCAUUCCCCUGCGCCUCCCCGCGCGCCUCCCCCGCCUCCGCGCGCUCACCCUCGGCUAUCUCCCAAGCCUGCGCGCUUCGCUGCCGGCGAUCCUCGCCGCUGAUCCCCCUCCCGCCGCAGAAGCCGCCGCUCCCCCGUCCGGGGAGACCGCAGCCGUAACAGAAGCCGAUGGAAACUCUGGGGGAAUUCUGGAACGGGGCACGGAGGAGGCUUAUAGCGGGGCUGAUCGUAAGGAGUACGCGGAGGGGUUAUGCCAGGGAUUAGAAUCGGACUGCUCCUCGCUCUCCUCCCUCCCAGACGAGCUCUCUCUCAUGCCCAACCUCCGCUCCCUCACUCUCUCCAGCCUCCCACGCCUCUCCUCACUCCCCUCCUCCCUCCACCUCCUCUCCCACUCUAUCCGCGACCUCAGCAUCAUUUCGUCCCUGCCCCAUGCCUGGCAAUGGCUGCCGUUGCUGCAGCAUCUGGAAGUGGACUACAACGCUCGUAUGGAGGCACUCUUUGAAGGGGAUAAUACUGUUCAUGCCGCCAUGAUGCCUCCUUGCCACACUGCCCGCCCGCCGCCUCAAAUCACUCCCAACGCGGCUGCUACAGCCAGCCCUGCUGCUACAACUGACUCUGCUGCUUCAACCAACUCUGCCGCUACAUCCGACUCUGCUGCUACUACAGCCGACCCUGCUGCCGAACCUGACAUUCCUACUGUUUCCGGCACGGCCACUGUGACUGGUGCUGCGAGGAUAACAGGCGAAGAUGGUUCUACCGGCAUGGUCGUGAUAACCGGCACUGUUUUUAUACGCGGUAUUGCAUUGUUGGCUGGUACUGCCACCAUAAGCGGCACUGCUACUAUAUCAGGUCGUGCAACCAUUUCUAGUGCCGCUGGUGCAAUCGGCACUGCAGACGUACGGGGCACCGCUGAUGUAACCGGCACGGCUGAUUUAACCGCCGCUGCCGAUGUAACCGGUACUGCUAGUGAUGCAAUGACUACGAAUAUGACAGGCGAUACCAAUUCUGAGAGCAGUUCUGCUGGCGCCGACAGCCAGACACCGCCGGCCGCGCUAGAGGGGUUGAGUGCGGUGACGUCGCUGCGGGCACUUCACAUCAACCUGUGGCACAACCCCCACAUCACACACCUUCCGCCUUCCCUCUUCUCACUCUCCUCCCUGGCCACCCUCACUCUCUCACAUCUCGUUAACGUCUCCUCCAUCCCGGAAACCCUCUCUCUCCUCGCUCCCUCCCUCACUCACUUGCACAUCAGUCAUUGCCCCAUGCUCUCUUCGCUCCCCUCCUCGCUCUGCCUUCUUUCCUCUCUGGAAUGCCUUCAUAUCGAAGGUUGCAAGUCACUGGUAGCUGUUGUGAAAGAGAUUCCAGGAGAGGAAGGCACGGAGGAAGAGGAGGAGCAGGAGGAGGAAGUUGAGGAGGGGAAUGGUGGGGACGAGGAAGAGGAUGAAAGGGAUGAGAGGGCCAAGAGGAACGUGUGGGACAAGUGGGAUGAGGAGGGCGAUGAGGUGGAGGAGGGGAGCGAGGGGGAGGAGGGGGAUGAGGAGGAGGAGGAUGAGGAGGAGGAUGAGAAGGAGGAGGAUGAGGAGGAGGGGGAUGAGGAGGAGGAUGAGAGGUUGCCAGCAGCAAAGAAGCAGAGGAUUGAUUCAGCAAGCCGUCGCUCUCCGGAACGGUCGCCUUUUGAGUCGACUCAAUCUCCACCCCCGUCCCCCGUGUUUCCUCCGCUCCCUGACAUUUCAGGCGAGCCAUCGCUUGCCGGAACGGUCGCAGAGCCCAAGUCGGCGUGCCUUCUCCUGGGCUUCAUCGAGCUGCUUGCAGGCACGUACGUGCUGCUGGUGACGAACCGGCAGCUCGUCGGCGCCUUCAAGGGCGCGCACGUGUUCCGAGCUACGGCUUUUGAUAUAGUGCCGUGCUGCUCCAAGGACUCCCUCACACCAAAGCAGAAAGCGGAUGAGGAGGAGUACCUUGUUCGCCUGCGCUCCGCCAUGUCAGCUCACGGACUCUUCUUUUCCUAUGGCGCUGACAUCACCACCAGGUGUGCUGACGCCAUCAUCCGCACGCGCAUGUGGCAAAGGGGUGCGGAUUUCAAGGGCUCUGCGGCCAACUGUGCUAUCUACUCACUCAUCUCCUGCCCUCCUUUUUCCUUGCUUCAUAUCCUUUUCUCUCCCCUGCCUGCAGGCACGCGCAUGUGGCGCCGAGGUGCGGAUAGCAAGGGUGCGGUGGCCAACUUUGUUGAGACGGAGCAAGUGGUGACGGUGGAUGGCGGCGCUGUUGCAUCCUACGUGCAGAUCAGGGGCUCCAUCCCGGUGCUGUGGGAGCAGAUCGUCAACCUCACGUACAAGCCCAAGCUCCAGACGGUCGUCACAGCCGAGCAACCCUUUGAGGCGCCCUUGAGGCAGCAUCUUAGAGGGCUUAAGGAGAUCUACGGCCCUGUCAUUGCCGUUGACCUAGUCAACCAGGAUGGUGGGGAGAGCCGCAUUGGUUCAGCAUAUGCUGGAGCUGUGAACGCCAUCAAGGACUCUGACUUGCGCUACGUGCCGUUUGACUUCCACCACGAGUGCGGCGCCACCAAGUACCACCAGCUCUCUGUCCUGGACGACCAGAUCAGCAAGGACAUGGAGACCCAGGGAUUCUUCUUGCAAGGCAUGGAUGGGACGGUGCAGAAGCAGCAGCACGGCACAGUGCGCACCAACUGCGUUGACUGCCUUGACCGCACCAAUGUCACUCAGAGCUGGUUUGCGCGGCACGUAUUGGAGGAUGAGCUGAGGCAGAUGGGCCUGCUGGGGAAGGAUGAGCGCGUGGCAGAACACAGCGACUUUGAUGCCAAGUACAAGAUCAUGUGGGCGGAUCAUGGCGAUGACAUCAGCACACAGUACACAGGCACGCCAGCGCUCAAGGGAGACUAUGUGCGGUACGGCAAGCGCAGCCCGGAAGGUUUUCUUCAGGAUGGGGUGAGCGCUGUGAUGCGCUACUUCUUCAACAACUACACUGAUGGCGUGAGACAGGACGGCCUGGAUCUGGUAAUGGGUAACUACACAGUCAAGCAGGGUGCUCCAUCUCCGUUCACACGCACGGGCAUCGAGAGAUACACAAACCUGAGGGUGGCGCUCGUGCUGCUUGUGGCCUCCACGUACCUCUUCCUGCGAAACGUCAUCCCUU